CAACGGGCGCCUCUUGGGGCUGGAGCAGCAGCCGCCGCCUGCGCUGGCUCUGUCGAUCGCUCAGUUCGUGGGUUCGCCGCCCAGCGCGCCCGGAACAUCUCCGGACCUGCGGCCGCUGGGGCUUCCUCUGCGCGUGAGGGCGCCGGCCAGGAAAGGACCCUGGGGCCAGGGGGCGCCGGUGAGGGGGUGCAGGCUGGCCACUGGUCCCGGUGGGAUUCCCCAAGAUUUCAGCACAAGGCAGCCUGUGGCACAGGAUCGACUGUGCAGGGGCUGCUCCAGGAGUUGAGAUUCUCUGCAGCAUUCAUGGACCACAAGUGGAACACUCGCUGAGCCUGGACCUUCCAGGAAGCAGAGGAAGCUGUCCGUCUGUCCACAACUGGAGGUGUCGCAGCCUGCCUGAGAACAGGAGUGUGAGGAGCCUCGGCCCUGGCUUCCCUUUGCCCCAAUACACUUGGGCCCACCAACCUGCUGCGGGGACAGGAGGCUGCAUAUAACAAGGCUGCAGCCAGACAAAGAACCAUGUCUUUGGAAGGUGGAGUUCAAGCUGCAGAAGUGGGAGCUAUCUUCAGUGAGCUCAUGCCUCUCCAAAUGUAGGAAGCCCAGUUGGGCAGUCAUGGAGUGGGACAAUAGCACAAUCCAAGGCUUGAGCUUGCCUCCCACCACCUGUGUCUACCACGAGGACUUCAAGCGUCUGCUGCUGCCACCGGUGUACUCAGCAGUGCUGGUGGCUGGCCUGCCAUUGAACUUCUGUGUCAUUGCCCAAAUCUGCGCUUCUCGCCGGGCCCUGACCCGCACAGCCGUGUACACCCUAAACCUGGCCCUGGCCGACCUGCUGUAUGCCUGCUCCCUGCCCCUGCUCAUCUACAACUACGCCCAAGGGGACCACUGGCCCUUCGGGGACCUCAUGUGCCGCCUGGUUCGUUUCCUCUUCUACGCCAACCUGCACGGCAGCAUCCUCUUCCUCACCUGCAUCAGCUUCCAGCGAUACCUGGGUAUUUGCCACCCCCUGGCCCCCUGGCACAAGCGUGGGGGCCGCAGGGCUGCCUGGCUCGUGUGUGGCGCUGUGUGGCUGGUGGUGACGGCACAGUGCCUGCCCACAGCCGUCUAUGCGGCCACAGGCAUCCAGCGGAACCGCACCGUCUGCUAUGACCUGAGCCCGCCGGCCCUGGCCGCCCACUACCUGCCCUACGGUAUGGCCCUCACGGUCAUUGGCUUCCUGCUGCCCUGUGCCGCCCUGCUGGCCUGCUACUGUCGCCUGGCUCGCCGCCUGUGCCGCCAAGGUGGCCCCGCAGGGCCUGUGGCCCAGGAGCGGCGGGGCAAGGCAGCCCGCAUGGCCGUGGUUGUGGCAGCCGUCUUUGCCAUCAGCUUCCUGCCUUUCCAUGUCACCAAAACAGCCUACCUGGCAGUGCGCUCUAUGUCAGGUGUCCCCUGUCCCAUGCUGGAAACCUUUGCUGCUGCCUACAAAGGCACGCGGCCCUUCGCUAGCGCCAACAGCGUGCUGGACCCCAUCCUCUUCUACUUCACCCAGAGGAAGUUCCGCCGGCGGCCACAAGAGCUGAUACAGAAACUCACGGCCAAGUGGCAGCGGCGGGGUGGCUGAGUUCACCAGCACUGGGCCUGAGGCCUGGAUGCUGUCACGUUCACUGUCACAGCCAGGGCACCCCACCAACCCCAAACUGUGCAGAGAAUUAAAAUUCAGCUGGGUGGGCAUAGAGCAAAACCCCUCAUAGUUCCAAACUUCAUCAACUAUUUAUUGAGCCCUUUCUCAAGACCAGGCCCUCUGGACACAGAGACCAAUAGGCCUGGGCCUGGCCCUCCAGAAGCUCCCGAUCAGCCAGAAAGAGUAAAGAAAACCAUGUUAAGCUGGGUAUGGCAGUACAAGCCUGUAACUCCAGCACUCCAGGAGGCUGAGGCAGGAGGACAGAAAGUUCAAGCCCAGGCUGGGCAAUUCAGAGGCUUAUUGAGACCCUGCGUUAAAAAUUAAAAUAUGAGAAAACGGUUGGGGAUGUAGCUUAGUGUGAAGUUCCUAGAUUCAGCCCCCAGUGCAGAAAGAAAGAAAGAAAGAAAGAAAGAAAGAAAGAAAGAAAGAAAAGGUGAGAAAGCCAGCAAGCCAUGCUAAGCUGCUCACAGAAGUACAGUGUGACUUGUACUGUAACAGAGGCUUUGUACUAUACUGUACUUUGUACUGUAAUACAUGCUUUGGAAUCACCAACGAAGGCAUGAGGGAAAGUAGAAAAGGGAAGUGAGAGCUUUCAGGAAGAGGCAUUUAAACUGGGUUUUGCGGGAUGAAUAUGGGCUCUCUGGUGGGAAGGCAUGAUAUUCCACUUAUUUAGUAAGCCUUUAUUGAGACCUUGUACUCAAGCCUGAAUAGCUUUGAGGUCCUAGAAAAAGAAGUUCUAGUCAUGCCCUAUUCCAGCUCCCAACAGCUGUAGGUGUAGACACUGACACAGUGAUAUCAGAGCUGUGACCCGUAUCACUGCCCACAGGAUGCCCAUGGCCUUGUUCAAGCAGUCAGGAAAGACUUCUCUGGGGAGGAACCAUCUGAACCAGAUGUCAGAGGCUAAGUGGAGGCUCGGCAGACAGAGGUGGGGAGCACUUUGAUAUGGCCUGGGCCAGCCUUCUUCUGGGCUCUGCCUUGGACACUCAGGAGAGGGCUGGGAGGAGGUAUGCGGCCUCCUGUGUGUGAAAGCUGAGGAGACCAGAGCUGUCCCACAGCUGGCCCCAGAUAAGGGCAAGAGCUGUCCAGGUACGGCAGGUCAUGGAGCUCAGCAGAGGGAGGAACCAGAGCAGCUGGCAGAAGCAGCAGCUCCUGGGGGAUGGCACUGUGUGAACCAGAGGGCGAAAUAAAUCAGCAUGGCUGGGCAGCAGUGAAGCCCGGGGGGGCUGGGUGUGUGGAAGGGGUGCCCGGAAAAGGAGCUGGGUAGGGCCAGAGCAUUCAAUGCUAGGAAGAGCCCAGACCUCACUUUUGCUUCAUCUGCCUCCCCCAAGAAGGGGAAACAACCCUUCAACCCUGCUUCAUUCUAAAAGAAGCCGACAGCUUGAGGAGACUCAGGGCCACCAGGAGGCUGCUCAGGAAGCUCCCACGACUGGAAGCCCAAGGUCACAGGGCAGUGCCCUGGCUGCGUUCCACCCCUGCUCUCUCAAGUCCCCCAUUCCAACCUGUGAGUACGCAGAAGGCAGCUGGGGCCAGCUCCCAGAGCGGCCUCUCAAACCCAGAUCUGAGCAGCACAAAGCUGAGUAAAGACAUCUUUACUAACGGUCCCGAAGGUCCCGAAGGUCCCUCGAGCAGGUGGCAAAGGGGAAUCAUACAGCCGCAGGGAGUCCUCUUCCCUGCCUGCCCUCCUCCAGAUGCGCCAUCACUGCUCCGUGGGGUCACCCUCUCUGCUCUGGUUCCUCCUUCCUCCUCCCAGCCAGCCAGCCCUGCCGCACUCCCCCUUACUCUGUAGUCCUCACCCCAUCCCCUCUUCCAGACCUGUUUGCCCCAAGUGGAACAAUCCAGCCUGCCCUCGCUGCUGGUACCCCACACAGACCUGCAGUAAGCAAGAGAGCCCGCCAGGCCAGGAGUCCUCCACUGCAGGAGACAGAGUGGGCAGAAGUGAGGGCGGAGGGACAGGGUAGGGGAGGGAAUAUGAAAUUUAAUAUGAAAGUAUGCAGGAUUUCUCUUCUAGCCCUUCCUAAGCCUCAGGACUGCCUGCAACAGGGGCAUCCAGAGCGGGGCUCUCGAGAGCUAAACUUCCUAACCAUGUCGGGGAGCCUGUUUGCAGCUGGAAGAGGAAGAAGGAAAAGCAGGCUCAGCCCCCCUCGAGAUCCACUCAGUGUCCUUGCUGGAGAGGCUGGUGGUGUGAGCAGAAGAAACAUGAAUUCUCUGGGCCACAGUGAGAGGGACCUGUGAGGCAGUAGAAGACAGGCUGCUGCAGAUUCCCUGCUGGGUGCAAGGUUGCACCAUGCCAGACAGAUGUUAUCACCUUGCACUUUUGGGGCAGGGGCAGCGGGAGAAUCACAAGCAGAAGACACAGGCCUCUGUCCACAGCCCAGCAGAGCCCUGUAGGGAGUCCCAGGUGACUGGCCCACCUGACUAAGAGCUGUGACUCUGUGGUUACUUUGCCGGAGUGGAAAUUGUGGGUCACGGGUAAAUUGCUUUCCUAGCUUCUCUCUGGGAGAGUUGCAUAGAGGGUACAGGCUCCACAGCCAGUCUACCUGUGUGUUUAUCCUGGCUUUACCCAACUGUGUUACUCUAGAAAAGUUAUUUGGGAACCUCUUUGUUCCUCUCCGCAGCCGAGCAAUGGAAAUAAUGAUGAUGCCUGUUUUAUAAAGUUGGUGUGAAGAUUAAAUUAAUAUGUGCAAAACAGUA